GCUUGGGGAGGGAAUGUGGAGAAACCUCCACGAGGAAAAUGCGCGCGAAGUGACGCGACACGCGCCGCUCUACAAGUGCUCUAACCAUAUUCCAAGAACAGCGCGAGAACCGGGGCGCGAAAACGACUCGCCCUGUUGAGGGGACAAACAUGACUGUGGUGCCCGGGGAGAACCUCGACGAGACUGUGGCAUUGGCAGCCCUGUCCCAAGAUGUUUACGACCCUGAACGGGCAGACCAGGAGUGCUGCGAGCGGGUGGUUAUCAACAUCUCCGGGUUGCGCUUCGAAACCCAACUAAAAACACUGGCGCAGUUCCCCGCCACCUUACUCGGUGACCCCAGGAAAAGAAUGCGCUUCUUUGACCCUCUGAGGAACGAGUACUUCUUUGACAGGAACCGACCGAGUUUUGAUGCCAUUCUCUACUACUAUCAGUCUGGAGGCAGGCUGAGGAGACCCGUCAAUGUUCCUGUGGACAUCUUUAUGGAGGAGAUCAAAUUCUACGAGCUAGGAGAAGAAGUCAUUGAGAAUUUUAAGGAGGACGAGGGUUUCAUCAAGGAGGAAGAGCGACCUUUGCCCGAAAACGAGUUUCAGAGGCAGGUCUGGCUGCUGUUCGAGUACCCAGAGAGCUCUGGACCCGCGAGGGGCAUCGCAAUCGUCUCGGUGCUCGUCAUUUUGAUAUCAAUUGUCAUCUUUUGCUUGGAGACUUUACCUGAGUUUAGGGAGGAUGGGAAAAUGUACGAGGAGCACCUCGCAUUCAAUGGAACUGCUAGUUCAAAGAAGCCCAAUCCAUUCACAGACCCCUUCUUCAUUGUGGAGACCCUUUGUAUAAUCUGGUUCUCCUUUGAAUUGCUCGUGAGGUUUCUCGCGUGCCCAAGCAAGCCCGCUUUCUUCAAGAAUAUCAUGAACACAAUCGACAUCGUGGCUAUUAUCCCCUACUUCAUCACUUUGGGUCUGGAGUUGGCCGAGCAUCAGGGCAACGGCCAGCAGGCGAUGUCUCUGGCCAUACUGAGGGUCAUUCGCUUGGUGCGGGUGUUCCGCAUAUUUAAGCUUUCCAGACACUCGAAAGGGCUUCAGAUCUUGGGCAAGACACUGCAAGCGAGCAUGCGGGAACUGGGUCUCCUCAUAUUCUUCCUUUUCAUUGGAGUUAUUCUGUUCUCCAGCGCCGUGUAUUUCGCCGAGACGGACGACCCCGACUCGGGGUUCAGCAGCAUCCCCGAUGCCUUCUGGUGGGCAGUGGUUUCCAUGACAACUGUGGGCUACGGGGACAUGUGCCCAGUCACCAUCGGUGGCAAAAUAGUGGGCUCUUUAUGUGCCAUCGCUGGUGUGCUCACCAUUGCGCUUCCAGUGCCCGUCAUCGUGUCCAAUUUCAAUUACUUCUAUCACAGGGAGACCGAGCACGAGGAGCAGAUGCAGUACACGCAUGUAACGUGUGGCCAGCAGCAACCCUCCUUUGGUGAAUUUAAAAGGAGUGACAGCAAAGCGUCCCUUUCUAAAUCAGAUUAUUUCGAUUCAGAGGAUGGAGAUUCAGUUAAGUACACCAACUGCAGCCCCCAUAAAGCAUACACAGGGAAGCUUACUGAUGUAUGAAUGUAGAACGCCAACAAUUAUAAACCCAAAGAAGAGCACCUUUCUCUGUGAGUACUCCCUCAUCCCUUGCGCUGGCUUGAGUACAUCUGUAAUAAUCUGCGAGGAACACUUCAUUUGGAAACGACGACUUUUUCUAAACGGUCUUCCAUUGUUGUGAUUGUAGACCAUCGAAGCGCGAGACGUAAGGCGCAAAAAUAAAAAGAGAAUCAAAUAGAACGUAUGUUAUAUAUAAGCAAGCCCAAUUAAAUCAACGUGUAGCACUUUAUUCGUAUACUCUUAGUCCACAAAUUCGUGAUCCGUUAGUUUCCCCACAAAUUUGGUGACAGUACGAUACAGUUUACAAAUGGCUAAUUUGAAAGAAAUAGUAGGACCAAUAUAUGUAACUUUUUGUUAUUUUCUAACGAGGACAGUUCAACUGCAAGGUCGUUUUGGGAAAAAAAGAAAAAAGAAGACUUGCCCCAGCUUAUUUAAAAAUGGCAACUGUUAUUAUUAUUACCAUUUUAAAAGCUAAUUGUGUAAUGUGUAACGUUACAUUUGGAAAUUUGAGAAAUACAUAUCUCUGUGCUUUUUGAGGACGAUUAGUAGAAGAGCAAGCCAGCUUUGUGAUUUUUAAUUUAGGAUCACACUGCAUUUUCAGGUUGCCAUAAUAUCAGUGGCUCUGCAUUAACAUUAAAAGGUUAUGGCAUCUUAAAAUUACUUGAUAAUUUCAUUCGAACUAUGUAGAGCACUUCAGGGAUAGACUUACACUGAUAAGCAACACCAAGCUUCUUCACUUCUUCAUAUUAUCAACAGAUGUGUAGGGAAUGAAUGAGGAGAGGCUCGAUUUCAACAAUGUGCACUCAAAUCUGGACACGAGGAUUUUUUUUAAUACACUAGCGUUAUCUAGUGGUUAAAGGUGAUAACUGCAGUCUUUAAGAUACUAAAUGGGUUUCCAUAGCAACUUUCCAGACGGUUCUGGAGACAUUGGGCUAUUAUUGUUCCCUUAAUUUAUUCAAUUGAAAGAUGGCUUUUGGUGCUUUUAUUUUAAAACAAGGUACAUUAAUGAAUUCAGUUAAAUGGAAAAAAAAAAUCAACUCUCAGCUAGGCAGGUUUGCAUUCUUAUUAGGUCUCGUUAAACUAAAAGAGCCCACAGAGGCUUAUCCAAUAUAUGAAAUGUGAAUACAAAGUAACAAUAUAACACCAUAUAACCCACAUCCGUAAAAAUGGAGAAACAUCUACAUUUCUGCACUGCAACAGCAUCAAAGGGGAUCAUGAAUUCAGCACAAAAAGGGAUUCAUUAUGACGUCACUGUGAGGAAGGAAAAACUCAUCAGUCUAUUGGCUGGACUAGGAGAAUCAACUCAUGCAGUAUCAGUAAUGGACUAACUGAAACUGGAAAUAACUGCACAGAUUUCCGGACACACCACAUCAAGUUUUUUUUUUUUUACUCUGGAUUUUCACAUGAACAAGAAGAGUUCAGACAAGAAGAGGUACAGUCAUGAAAAUGGACUUCCUGUCCUACAGAUCUGCACAUAUGCAGCACAGUAUCAUCAAGGACAAUAUGAAGCUUCACCAGAGCAGCGCUACGUGGGACAAAGCAAACUUCAUGUUUGCAUUUAAACAUCAUUCAUGUGUUCCUAUCAAAUAAAUUAUGUACAAUGCCUCAAAAGGAAUAUAAUUGUCAAAUGUGGAAUCUAACCAUGAGGAAAUAAGGACAACGUGGUAAAUAUAAAGAAGAUGCUUUGAAGCGCACUGAGGUAGAAACUAUUUACUUGAAAUCACAGAGUUCAUACACAAACAAAUUGUGAGAUACAUACUGCCCCCAAAACAACAACAUGCUACUGGGACAGGUGUUUGUGAGUAUGUACACAUGAAUAUGUGUCUUCAGACAAGCAGUAUGUGUGUAUGUCCCACAGUAUGUUUAAACGUUACAGAUCAUGUGCUAUACCAAAACAUAUUAUGGCAUGCAUGGAAAGUUGGGCAUGGAAUAAAUCUUGAUUAAUAUGUUAAUUUAUUAUUAUUAUUACUUUUUUGGUUAACAAACUCAGUAGUCAUAUUA